AUGACGUUGGAAAUUUAUUCGAAACGCAAACCCCAUCCAUUUCUCGGUCUUUAUUCGAAACGGAUUUCUUUCAACAGGCUGCCCAACGAGUUGAAGUUGUUGUGUUUCUCGUUUCUCGACAUCGAGGCUCUGUUGCGAUUGCUGAGAACGGCCUACGCGCCUCGGUGCCUCAUUUUCUCUCUUGGGCCAUUCCCGAAAAAAGUCGACCAAAUCUCGCUGGUCGCCGAUUUCUCCAACGAGGUAACGCUUAGUGUGGCGUGGCGAGGGAAACGAGUGCCGAUCAAGCUCAAGACGCACCAAGAGAAGGACACAAUUGAAGUAAAUCACCACCUUUUUGAUGGAUCACCGAGCCGUCUCUGGCGCCUCACGCGCUCGAUCGAGCACGUCGAUUUGCUGCUCAUUCCCCUUUGGACAAAGCCCGUUUUCCCCCACCUGGACUCGAUCGUCCGCUCGGGCACCCCACAAUUGGAGAGAGUCCUCAAGGUGGCAAAAAAGGAGGCACGCUUUUUCCCCGGCCUCAAAACGAUCAACAAUGUGCAAGUCGAGAGCACUUUGGACGUCGUGAAAACCAUUUUCGACACCUUUCGCCCAGCAAUCCACAACUCGUUGCAAGUUGAGGUGUUGCGAGGAGACGACGCCGAGAUCUCCGCCUACUGCUCGACGCUCUUCGAAAAGCGCUCGUGCUUCUUCUGGGGCAGCGCCUCAAAAUACUACUGGGUCUUCAUGUCGACACCUGGUUCGGGAACGAUUUUCAUUGAGGACUUGCAAUGGUUUCUCUUCAAAGGCCUCGUCAACAAAGUGCUCGAAGAGGGCAUCGGCGACUCGCCGGCGUUGAUCGCUCACCACAUCGACACCGCUCAGCACACCGAUCCGGAGAAACAUCGCCACACUCAUUUGCGCUCGUUGAGGAAGCUUUUUGAGGAGGCGGGCGCCGAGAGCGUUUGGCUAUCGCCCGCCGAAAGAGGCGAAAUACGCGCUCGCCUCGUCGCCGCCUACAAGAACUCCUCGGAAACGCGACGUAUCAAGUAUUUCCCAAAGACUUUUUACUUUGUAAAGACUUUCGGCAAAAAACAACAGACAUUCCUGUUGAAUGUCAGCGAGAAGAACGCGCCGUUCCACGUACAAUUCGUCGCGCUUAGCCUCCAC